UACAACAAGAACAACUAGUGGUUUUAUUUUGUCUGUAUGAAGAUCGAGGAUAGGAGGUAGCGGCGUUAUGGUGGGUUUCUGGCACAGAUUGGGGACCAAAGGCAAAGCCUUAUACUCAGCGACGCUCUCACCGCCAUGUUCAAGCCCUCUCACUCUCCCUCACAUUUGGGUUCCCACCCAAACCCCCCAUCGUCCCCUCUCAUCUGGGUUUCACCCUGUGAAAACAGGAGCUACAGGGAAGACUCAGAGUGCUGCUGAAAUAAUGAGCGGAAAGCCAAUUGCAAAAGACAUAAAUUUGAGAGUAGCUGCUGAAAUAAGCAGAAUGAAAGCUGCCAUCGGAAGACUUCCUGGGUUGGCUGUGGUUUUGGUGGGCUACAGAGAGGACUCACACGCUUAUGUCCAUAUCAACUUAAAAGCUUGUAAUGAAGUUGGGAUUAAAACUUCCAUUGUACAACUACCCCAAGAUUGUACUCAAGAUCGACUUAUUGAUGUUGUUUCAAGUUUUAACAGCAACCCAUCUGUGCACGGUAUAAUUGUUCAACUUCCUCUGCCACAGCAUUUGGAUGAGGAAACGAUUAUAAAUUUUGUGAGUCCGGAAAAAGAUGUGGAUGGCUUUCACCCCCUCAAUAUGGGGAAUCUUGCAUUGCGGGGAAGGGAGCCGUUAUUCAUCCCUUGUGCCCCUAAGGCUUGCAUUGAGUUGUUGCUCAGGUAUCGUGUGGAGAUCAUUGGGAAGAAUGCAGUGGUAAUAGGGAGAAGCAAGAUUGCUGGGUUAUCCACUUCUUUGCUCUUGCAGAGGCACCACGCGACGGUUAGCACUCUCCAUUCGUUCACCAGCAACCCAGAACAAAUUACUCGUCGAGCUGACAUUGUUGUAUCAGAUGUUGGCAUUCCAAAUAUAGUUGGAUGCGAUUGGCUGAUGCCAGGGACAGUUGUAGUCGACAUGGGGACAAAUUCAGUUAAGGAUCCCAAUAGUCCCCGAGGGUUCCGUACCACCGGAGAUGUUUGCUACGAAGAGGCAAUUAAGGUGGUGUCAGCCAUAACUCCUGUGCCAGGAGGAGUUGGACCUGUUGUAAUCUCAAUGCUCCUCUCCAACACCCUUGACUCUGCAAAGCGAGCUUACGGAUUCACUUGAUCUUUUCUCCUAAGAAGGGAAUGUAUAUGUGACUGGGCGGGACAUGACUUGUGGGGUUUAAAAAUUGGAAAUACAUAGAUCGAGAGCAAUUUAACUUUAAUUCGAAUUGCUUUUGUUUACCUUUUUACUAGUAGUUUGGCAUAUGUUAUGGUAUGCAUGUGAGAGUUAUUGCUUGGAAAGUCGAGAAGAAAGGAAAGAUGGAUUAGUGGGAGAAAAAUAUGAGAGUAUUUUAUUUAUUUAUAUAGUGGUUAAUUACUAUGUUGCUCUUACUAUAUUACCUUCUUUUUAUUGAGUGUAAUUUAAAUA